AGAUACAUACAUAGAGAGAGAGAGAGAGGAAAUUUUUUGGUUCUUGCUGGGAGGAAAAGUAAUGGGUGAUGGGCAUGCGUCUUGUUCGAGAAAUAGUGAUAAUAAUAAUAGUACGGAAAUACCGUUAGCGACGGCGUCGGCGAUGUUUCCGGGGUUUCGGUUCUCGCCGACCGACGAGGAGCUAAUAUCGUACUACUUGAAGAAGAAGCUCGAAGGGAGUGAUCGGUGCGUUGAAGUUAUCUCCGAGGUUGAGAUAUGGAAGCAUGAACCUUGGGACUUACCAGCAGUGAAGUCUGUGAUUCAAUCGGAUAACGAGUGGUUCUUCUUUUCUCCUCGAGGAAGGAAGUACCCGAAUGGAUCACAGAGCAGAAGAGCUACAGAGUCUGGCUACUGGAAGGCCACAGGAAAAGAACGGAAUGUGAAGUCUGGUUCGAAUGUGAUUGGAACAAAAAGAACCUUAGUGUUCCACACUGGUCGUGCACCUAAAGGACAACGGACACAAUGGAUUAUGCACGAGUAUUGCAUGAAUGGGAGAUCUCAACCUCAGGAUUCAGUGGUAGUUUGUCGCCUUCGGAAGAAUAAUGAGUUCCAUUUGAAUGAGGCUCCAAGAAAUCAGAUGAACAAUUCCAAUGCCAAUAAUAGUACGACAGCUUUAUCCGGGGCAGAUCCUGCUGGGAGUUCGGGCGGGGUAAAUGCAGGGGAAAGCUGCUCAAAGGAGUGUAGCAGCAGUUUCAAUUCUCACUCGGUUGAGCAGAUUGAUUCCGAUUCUGAUUCGGAUGAAAAGCUGGUUAAUGAAAUCUCUCUACACCAUCCGCCCGGGCAUCAAAAGGACUUUUUCGACGCAGAAGACUGGUUUGCAGACAUAAUGAAAGACGACAUUGUUAAGCUCGACGAUUCUUCGCUCAAUCCCUGUCUGGAUGCCUUGCCAGCAGCUACCACUACGAAGCCCGAACCAGAACCACAGCAAAACCAGGCGACGGCUGCUCAAGGCUUUACACCCGACCUGUUCCCCUUUCAAGGCACAGCAAACCGGAGGCUUCGACUGAGAAAGGAAGCUGCUCGAGGCGAGCCAUUCCAACUUGACAAGCAACAGCUGUUGCCGAGGCGUUUAGUUAGCAUGAUGUCCCGGGGGAGGAUAAAGCACUGCUCGAUUUAUGUAUGUUUCCUCAGCCUUAUAAUUCUGCUGUUUUGCUGUUCUGGUUUGCUUCUUCGUUUGGAGAAUCUGAUGAACAAGUAAAUGGUUUAGAUGUCUUCUGCUUCUAAGGAUGAAGGACAGACAUAAUAGAAAUGUGCUUUUCUAUAUAUGAUAUAGUCAGCAAUUGAUUAACAUAUGACUGUACAUUAUAUUACUGUUCUUUGUACUUGUAAAUGUAAUUCUAAUCUAAAUGGUAAGAGAUGAUCCUUA